UCACCCCAACCCGUCCCAAUCCCGGCAAAUCCCGGUGGGUGUCUCUCCCUCCGUCCCCCGGUGCCAGCCGGAACCGGGAUGGGCAGACACCCCUGCUCCCUGCAGCCCCCGCUGCCCCCGCCGGGCGAGGAGGAAGAUGAGGACGAGGAGAAGGACGAGGACGAGGAUGACGACGAGGACAUGGCGGGGGACGCCGAGGGCAUCCUGCGCUACGAGGAGCGCAUCGCCGGGCUGCUGGUGACGGUGGCCCGGCUGCACCGGAGAGCCGAGCAGCUGCAGCGCCGCACCGGCAGGGAGGAUGAGGAGGGCUGGGAGGGCACCGCCAGCCUCCCCGUUGCCGGCCCGCAGCCCCGGCGCCUCACGGGGACGCACGACAUCGGUGUGGAAGCCCCUGGCCCCGACCUCUUUGCCGACCUGCAGCACGCCGUCAGCUCGCUGGAACGCGCCGUCUUCUCCCGCCACCGGCGGCCACCGGCACAGCCUGCGCCCGGCGAGGAAUGGGCGCGGGCGGCCAAGAGCCUGGAGGAGCUGGACCGGGCGGCGGGCUGUGCCGGGAGGGCGACGCACCGGGGUCCGGAGGAGGGAGCGGGCGAGGGGCUGCCGGCGGAGGAGGCGGCGGUGGCGGCGGCGGCGGCGGCGAGGAACGCGGCGUUGCGGGCGGCCUUGGGCCGCCGGGACGAGGAGCUGAGCCGGGCCACUGCCGCGCUGCGGGCGCUGCGGGGGGAGCGCGACCGGCUGCAGCAGAAGGUGUGGGACCUGCGGGAUGCUCUGUCCAGGCUGGAGGAGCCGGGGGGCUCCGGCAGUGACACCCCCGCGUUCGGCAGCCCCGUGGGGCUGGGGGAGCCCUGGCUACCCCAGGUGAGUGUGGGGCCAGGGUGGGCUGCAGGGUGGGGGGUCGCGGGGGGUGGAUCCUGCCCCGGUGCCGGGGGGCUCUGCCUGUCCCCUCUGCAGGAUUUGUCCCAGUAUGGCGAUGGCGCUCAGCCCCACAGCCCCCUCUCCCCCCAACCCUCGGAGGGGGCUGGCCCGGAGCGGGAGGAGCAGGUGCAGCAGCUGCAGGGGUGCCUGGAGAGGCUGCAGGAGGUGAACCGGCGGCUGGCGGCCGCGCUGCAGGAGUGCAAGAGCGACGCGGAGCGGCUCAGCAUGGCGCUGGGCCAGCACGAGUCCCGCAGCACCGCCCUGCGCCUGGCCCUGCGCUGCAGCGAGCGCUGCGGGGGGGCCUACGCCGCCCUCCUCGACCUGGUGCGGGAGAAGGUGGGAAGGGAGGAGGAUGGUGCCCGUGGCGGAGCUGCAGGGGAGCCGAGCCCGGGACAUGGAUGGGGGUCCAGCCCCACGCCGACAGAGGGGCCGCGGCUCCCGGGCCGAGCGGAGCCGGACGGCCAGGAGGAGAGUGGGGAUAGCGGCUCUCCCAGACUGCAGAGCAUCCCGGUGCCCCGCGGGAUGGAGGAGGGGGCCCUGCGGGAGCACAUUCGCCGGCUGCGCGCGGAGCAGGCGGCCGUGGAGGCGUCCCUGCACGACGCCCCGGCACCCGCCCGCGGUGCCACCCGCCGCAGCGAGGACGCCCGAACCCGGGCUGAGCGGGCGCUGCGGGACGCCAGGGCUCUCCUGCCCGGCUGGAGGCGGCCGGAGAAAGCGGAGCUGCUGCGGGACUUGGCGAUGCUCAAGGAGGCCAUGGCCGACCUGAAGACGCGGCUGCAGCUGGUGGAGAGGGAGAAGCGGGGCCUGGAGGUGCUGGCGGCCGCGCAGGGGCCGCGGGAGGCCGCGCUGCGCCUGGUGCUCCAGCAGCUGCAGCGGGAGCGGGACGGGGGGCCCGGCUGCCCCCCCAGCCCCCCCAGCAGCCCCAGCAGCAGCGAGGAGGACGCCCAAAGCGACCGGGUGGGAUCGGCGACUCCGCGGCACCCUCCGGACCCGGAGAGGACGAGGGAAGAGCUGCUCCGCGCCCUGGCCCGAGCAGUGCCGCCAGCCGCGCGCAGCAGGCGCAGUGCGUCACCGUCACCGCAGACUUCUUCCAGGCUCACAGCGCGCUGGCCCUGGCGUACCGCGGUGCCCGGCGGAAGCAGGCGGCCCAGCUGCGGCGGCUGGAGGCGCAGGCGGGUGCCCUGCGCAGGCAGCACGCCCGGCGGGCGCAGGCGCUGGCCCGCAGGCUGCAGACCCUGGAGCAGGGGACGGCCGGCAGCGAGACCUGCAUCUAGGGACCCCCCAUCACCCCCAAGACCCCCCAUGACCCUCAACACCCUCCAUCACCCUCAUCACCCUCAAGACCCCCAUCACCCGCAACACCCCCCAUGACCCUCAACACCCCCAUCACCCCCAAGACCCCCAUCACCCUCAACGCCCCCAUCACCCCCAACGCCCCCAUCAUCCCCAACACCCCUGUCAUGCUCAAGACCCCCCAUUACCCCCAACACCCCCA